UUCCUCUGCAUAUAAAGCGAGACGAAACAGAGAGCCUCUCGAGAAGAGAACAGGCAAGGCCUUGGAUACGCAAUUACAUACACUCCCUCUCACACAGACAGGGAGAUUCAGAGAGAGAGAGAGAAUGGGAGCUGAGGCCUUGCCCAAUGACCUCGAAGCUCCUCUUGUACUCGGACUCCAACCUGCGGGUCUAAUGGAUUACGUGGCUCCCGUCGAUUGGUCAUUGCUCGAUCGACUUCCCGGAGACCGCGGUGGUUCAAUUCCCGUCCAAAAGGAUGAGUUGGAGCAUAUACUGAAAGAGGUGAAGACCCAUAUCCUUGAAUCUCCUGGCCUUCCUCCUCCUCUCAAAACAAUGGCAGGAGGCAGUGUGGCCAACACAAUUCGUGGCCUAAGUGUCGGUUUUGGUGUAUCCACGGGGAUAAUCGGAGCUUUUGGAGACGAUGACGAGGGUCAAUCAUUUUUAAGCAACAUGGGUUUCAGUGGGGUGAAUAUCUCGAGAUUGAGAAAGAAGAAGGGAUCCACGGCUCAGUGUGUUUGCUUGGUUGAUGCCUCUGGCAACCGUACAAUGCGGCCCUGCCUAUCAAGUGCCGUGAAGAUUCAGGCAGAUGAGCUAACCAAAGAAGAUUUUGUAGGCUCUAAGUGGUUGGUGUUAAGAUAUGCAAUUCUUAAUUUGGAAGUUAUUCAAUCUGCUAUUCAGAUUGCCAAGCAACAGGGUCUUUCUGUAUCGUUGGAUUUAGCGAGUUUCGAGAUGGUACGGAAUUAUAGAUCAGAACUACUGCAGUUGCUGGAGUCUGGUAACAUAGACCUCUGUUUUGCGAAUGAGGACGAAGCAACCGAGCUGCUAAGGGGCGGUCAAGAUGUCGAUCCAGAAGCUGCCCUCGCGUUUAUGGGCAGACAUUGCAGAUGGGCUGUCGUAACCUUAGCAUCGAAGGGAUGCAUUGCAAAACAUGGAAAAGAGGUGGUAAGAGUGCCGGCAAUAGGAGAGACGAAAGCCAUCGACGCAACGGGAGCAGGUGACCUAUUCGCGAGCGGGUUUCUAUACGGAUUGAUAAAAGGUUUGUCCCUUGAAGAAUGCUGCAAGGUUGGAUCUUGCAGCGGCGGGUCUGUAAUACGUGCUCUCGGGGGAGAGGUAACCCCGGAAAACUGGCAAUGGAUGUACAAGCAGUUGCAGAUGAAGGACCUCCCUUUUCCCGAGAUCCGAAAUUGAUCAAUGUGAACUUUGUUCGUUCCGAUUUAUCGGGAAUUUCGAGGAUGGUUUCGGGGUUGGCUCCCGGUUCCACAGAAUCUGCAGUGUGGUUUCCUUCUUUAUGGCUACUUGCUUUCUAUUUUGUAUACCUCUCACAAGUCACGUCUGUAGGAACCUUGAUAACUUUAAAUGAUGUGCAAUGAACACAGAAUUUUUUCUGACAGUGUUUCUGUUUCUA